AUGACCCACCCAGGGCACUCCCCCACAACAUAUCAACAGGAUUUCUUUGGUCACAUCGAAUAUCGAUCAAGCAAACCCAUCAAAGCUUACAAAAAAUGGUCCAUUACCAAUAUCGACACCAUCAUCAAACCGAUAGAACCGAUCAUCAGGGCGAGCCUUGAUUUGGCUGAAUUUCGCCAAAGUGUACAGGACGGCGCCGAUGAAAAAUAUUCAUACUCACCAUUGCUAUGUGGCGAGCCGUAUGGGCUGAGAACAAGUCAAAGAAGAACGAAGUCGAAGGGAGACCCAUACUCGUGUUACGGUCGGCACCCUCCGUUUUCUCAUUCUCGUGACACUGGCGUUCCCGAUGAUCCCGUCUUCUAUCGUCUCGCGUUGAAGACUGUGGGACGACCUUUGUGCGACGCUGACACAACAAAAGAUUUCAUUUUAGGGUCUCUCGCUGCACUCAGAGGACAUCAAAUACUCGCGGAGCAAGGUGUUCUUCAUCGAGAUAUGAAUCCAGGCAAUAUCAUUUUCGGUGGUCCGGAUUGUGCUGAAGGCUGGUCGCAGAUUUCGAACUUGCCUCGGUGGCGCAGCCAGACUCCAGAGACUGAAACCGUAGUUUUAUUGCAUCCGCCCUCUCUCGCUGCGGGCCAGUUGAACACUAAAAGUGUCUUUCUGGAGGACACUGUUUCGUCGGGUACUGCUUUGUUGUGGCUGAAGAACUUCUAUCCAUGA